AUGGCCACUGUGUCGCUCGCCGCUGCUCGUCCGACCGGCCUCGCGCUCGCCGCCGGCGGCGCAUCGCAUCGCGAUCCCGCCACUACCGUCUCCACCUCGCUCCGCGCCGUGCCUCCGUCCGCCGGAAAUCCGGGUCCGAUAAGGGCAAUCCGAAAUGUGGCAACCAACGCUGUGGCGGAAGAGCAGGCUGCUGUGGUGGCGGCGCCCAUGGCGGACGCGGAGCUGAAGCGCGGCAUCGCGGAGUUCUACGACGAGUCGUCGGCGGUGUGGGUGGACAUCUGGGGCGAGCACAUGCACCACGGCUACUACCCUUCACCCGCCGAAAAGUCCGCGCAGACCAACGGCAGCGCCGUCUCCGCCGUUAACGGCAGCGCUAUUAACGGGAACGGGAGCGCGGUUAGCAGCGGCGCGAGCGUGGAUCACUUCGCGGCGCAGGUGGAGAUGAUCGAGCGCGUGCUUGCAUGGGCUACGGCCGACGACAGCGAGGGCUGGAAGCCGCGGCGAGCGGUGGACGUGGGGUGCGGCGUGGGCGGCAGCUCGCGGCACAUGGCGCGCAAGUACGGCGCGGAGGUGGACGCCAUCACGCUGAGCCCGUGGCAGGCGGCGCACGGCAACCAGCUCUGCAAGGACGCGGGGCUCGGCCAGCAGGUGCGGCUGCAGGUGGCGGACGCGAUGGCGCAGCCGUUCAACGAGGGGACGUUCGACCUGGUGUGGUCGCUGGAGAGCGGCGAGCACAUGCCGCGCAAGCAAGAGUUCGUGCGCGAGCUGGCGCGCGUGGCGGCGCCAGGCGGGCGCAUCAUCAUCGUGACGUGGUGCCACCGCGACCUGCAGCCAGGGGAGACAGAGCUGUCCCAGGGCGAGCAGGCUCUCCUGCAGCGCAUCUGUGACGCCUACUACCUGCCCGCGUGGUGCUCGCCCUCCGACUACGUGCACUUCGCCACUGACGCUGGGCUGCAGGACGUGCGCGUGGCGGACUGGACGGAGAACAUCUCCCUCUUCUGGCCGGCCGUCAUGCGCUCGGCGCUCACACCCAAGGGCAUCUGGGGGCUGCUGUCGUCAGGGUGGAAGACGCUCAAGGGCGCCGUGGCCAUGCUGUGGAUGAUGCAGGGGUACAACUCAGGGCUCAUCAAGUUCGCCCUCAUCACCGCCAAGAAGCCAUUCUGA